UCUUUUGUAGCUCCCAGGAGAUCGAUAGAGUUCCGACAGGCAUUUAUUAAAUGAGAGCUAUACUUUUUUAUAUCGUCAAGGUGACCCACCGCCAGAGUUUCAAGUAUACUUAGAAGAGCAUGGAAUUUUUAAACUUCAUACCAGUUCUGCAGUAUUGUGUAGAAGAAAUAGUCACACAAAAGUCCAAAUUAUGUGACUCAGCAAGAGUUACAACCGCGGACAUCAUUAAUAGAGCUGCACUUUUACACGAUGCCAUUGAUAAAGUCAAAGAAAACCUUCUUGUAAAAACAAAAAGGAUUUUGGACAGUGAGUUAAAAAAGAUGGAAUUCCAUGAAGAGGAACUAAAGACUUGGAUCUCUUGGUUGUCCUCGCAAAACGAUAUAUCAAAUCAGAAUGUACCCGAAGUAAAAGAUGAAAGCAUUUGUAAAUUCCAGAACGGGAAUAGGAAAGAAUGGUUAGCAAGAUUACAGCAGCUCUCUGAAAUUCAACACAUUAGCUUGUACUUUAAAAGUGGAGAAGUUAUCAAUGAAGCAUUUGUGAAUUCUUUGUUUGGAUCGGUGCAGAAUUUCAGCAUCACACCCCCGUCGCCUAUUAGGAAGAAUAGACGUGACACUUUUCCAACAAUCGGUGUGGAAAGAAGGGCUAAAUUUAAAUCCAAGGGUACCGCUGGAAAUAUCCAUGCAAUUGCUCCAAUAUCGGGAAACGAAGCGUGGAUCUGUUGUGGAUGGGGAAACAAGGAGAUGGUUCUCUACAAUAUGGAUGGAGAUGCAUUAGUAUCGGUGACACUGGAUGUUGCAAUCGAUCACAUAGUGUCAACCCGAAAUGGAAAUGUUUUAGUCUCUAGUUACAAUGGCAACUCAAUAUGGCGUCUUGACGAGCAGCUAAAUGCUACAAAAUUUGCCACUUUGUCCUUUGUUCCACGUGGCAUGGCUGUAGCUGAAAGCAAUGAAAUAUAUGUCUGUGGUGUGGAAAGAAACAGGCGACAUUUGAUUGCCAAAUUCGCUGCAGACGGCACACUGAUUUCCGACAUCACUAUUUCCCCCCACGAUCCUCAUCGACUAGGAUUAAUAAGCGAAGACAAAUUAUGUUUUUCAGACUACAGCAAAAACAAUAAACGACAGCUUGUUAUUAUGGACAAUACAUGCAAAGUACAGUGUACGUACAAUGGAAAAAAUGAACGGAACAUCGAAUUGGAAAACCCUUUCUAUCCCCUCGGUACCCAAGUUGAUCAGUACGGCAAUAUUAUUGUGGCGGACUGGAAUAAUGACCGUGUCCAUUUGCUGGACACUAAUGGACAAUUUUCUCAGUUCUUAGUUGACACUGAUUGCGGUAUAGAACGACCGUGUUCGUUAGGGUUAGAUCGUGAUGGCAAACUCUGGGUUGGAAACGCAACAGGACACGUGCACGUUUUCAGUUACUGCAACUGGUUGACCUGAUUCCUUAAGACACCAGCCACAAAAGAAAGUUCGAAGCACUUAUUUAAUUUUAGUACCGUAGAUGAAAAUCCUUUACAGUUUAAUAUAAAAUGAUUGGGACUCUAUUUACUUUAGGUUUUCAUUUUUUUUUGGUAGAUUUUGAUUUGGUAAAUUAUUUUGGGUAGGGCUUCCACAACUUCAAAAAAUGUGCAUUUAUAGCACAGGCAACAUUACCUCAAAUCACUUGUUGCAACAUUACCUCAAAUCACUUGUUAAAUCUUCUAAGUAAAUAAUUACAAGUUUGUGUGUAUAUCUUAUCAGAAAGUCGGUGAAUUAUUCUGUUGAUUUAACAACGAUAUAGUUCUGUAAACCCAGAGGAAUGUCUGAUGGUGAAUGACCCUAUAUAUAUGAUAUUUUACAUACAAUAUGCCAGUCAGUUGUAGCAAUUUUCUUCUGAAAAAAUAUAUAAUUUUUAAAUUUC